ACAAUUUCAUUCUACUUUGAGCAUGUAAUUCUAUUAUAAAUAUUCUGUUUUGUUUGUUAAUAAUAGAAUGUUACUUCAUUGUUUGAUAUUCGCGCCCUGUCUUGAUGCGUGCACAAAAUUUUAUCUAAAAGAUGGCAACGGUCUGUCAACAGAAGCGCAAUUCUGUCCGUGUCAAUAUCUAUAGUUCAUUGAAUUUUAAAGAGAACGUAAAUUGUAAGAAAUGUUAUGAAAGUUAUGAAACUCAGCAAAUAAUGCUAAGUGAUUGGGAGUAUUUACUGCGCUGUAGAAAAGUGUAAUAUAUAGAAAAUUUGCGAUUUCACACGUCUUAAAAGGAGUGUGACGUUUACCAAAAUGGCACUACAAGAAGAUGAAAACACCUGGGUAUUGGAGCUGGAAGCAGCUCUUCUUGAUACCGAAGCACCAUCAGCAUCUGACAUAUAUGCAAUUUGCAAAGGACAAGCAGUUCCUACAAAUUUAAGGCCAGACGUAUGGCAGGCUUGCUUAGAUGUUAUUGAUCGGGGUAAUCAAUUAAAUCACUUCAAUGAAGUUUUUGAUUUACCUGAACAAAAUAUUAUUCGUGAUGAUUGUCAGCAAUUAGUUGCUAAGCUAGGAAAUGAUGAUGAAGACAAAGUUUCUGUUGUUUCUGAUUUAGAGUCUAUUUUAACAUUUUACUGUAAAAGUAAAAGGAAGCAAUAUGAAAGAGGAAAUGGAUGGAUAGAAUUAUUGGGUCCAUUGAUAGCUUUAAAACUUCCACGUAGUCCAACAUAUAAUUUGUUUGAAGCUAUAAUAGACAUUUAUAUUCCUAGAGGUGAAACAUAUAGUUCUGUAUUAAGAUUGUUACUACUUUAUCAUGAACCAGAAUUAUGUUCUUUUUUGGAUACAAAAAGAGUAUCUCCUGAUCAGUAUACAAAAGGAUGGGUGACUACUUUAUUUGCUGGUGUGUGUUCUUUGCCAGCUGUUUGUACAAUGUGGGAUCUAUACUUUAUGCAAGCUGAUCCAUUUUUUAUGUUGUUUCUUUCACUCAUUAUGGUAAUAAAUGCCAGGGAGCAAAUUUUAAGUAUGAAAGAUAAUGACAAGCAAAGUAUAAUUGAUGCAAUUGCUGCUUUACCUUGCGCUUUGGAAGCAGAAGAUGUAACAGAUUUUUGUUCGUUAGCACAGUAUUAUGCAAUGAAGACACCGUCGUCUUUCAAACACGAUUUAUAUCCUGUUAUGUUCGGUGAAAGUUUCGAUGAGAAGUAUAUAUCGCAUGCACUUUGCUUACCAGUAUCUGCCCAAGAAUUAGUUGAAAAUUCUAUCGAAAGUCCGUCCGUACCUAAUACCUCGGUUGAGUCUGUUAGAUUUUUUUUAGUGGAUUGUAGGCCUGCAGAGCAAUAUAAUGCAGGACAUCUGCCAACCGCGUUUCAUUUAGAUUGCAAUUUGAUGCUCCAAGAACCCGCUGCUUUUGCCACGGCAGUGCAAGGAUUGUUGCAGGCUCAACGACAAGCACUUGCUGUUGGAUCACAAGCCGGCGGAGAACAUCUUUGUUUCUUAGGAAGCGGUAGACAAGAGGAAGAUCGUUAUACGCAUAUGGUAGUUGCGUCCUUUUUACAAAAGCAUACGCAGUAUGUUAGUAUGGUUACAUCGGGAUAUCAAGCUAUACACGAAUAUUUUGGCGAUGAAGUUGUUUCUAGUCUUAUUGAUCAUAAUUCGCAACAUUGUUUAGUGUGCAAUGCUAAUAUAUCCGAGACAAAUUCAAACGAAACAAGCCCUGUCAAGGUUAAGAAUAAUAAUUCUGAUUUUCUUGGGAAGAUCAAGAAAGUAAAAGGAAAGUUAUUUGAUUAUAUUGUUAAUCCAUCGGCAAGUGUCCAUAGUAACAUGGAGAAUAGAAAUAGCAAAGAUUUAGAGUAUAGUAAACGACAAAGAAAAACAGGUCCAGUAUUUAGUAUAGACGAUGAUCAAGAAUUGGAUAUGACAAUGACGAAUAAUGAAAGUGAGGAACCGAUUGAAGUAGUAUCGAUUCAACAAUGGAUGAAGGAUCCAAAAUUGUUACAUUCCUUUAAAUGUGAAGAAGUGAAAGUUAAUGGAGAUCUCUGUGAUAGUAUACUUUUAGUUACUGACACUCAUCUUAUAGUACUUCGAGAAAUACAAGAACGGAAGGGUGCAGCGCACGUAAUUGUUAAACGUCCGUUAACGAGUAUUGUUAAAAUAACAUCUAGAAAAAAAUAUUCAGAUUUGAUUACAUUUAAAUAUGGUACCACACAGUAUAAUGACACAGUUAUUUCAGAUAUGGAUAAGUUUCUUAUUCCUAAUGCUAGCGAGGCUACUAAAUUGAUUACACAACAAAUUUUGAAGCAAUUAAAAACGUCGAAUUAAUGGUGGAAUUUAAUAGAAUUGUGUACGAUGGUACAUGCGAUAUAAAGUCCAAUUUAUUUUAGAUGAUUUUUAUCAAAUAAAUUUCAGGAUUGACAUUUUUUUUUAGUGUCCUUAACUAAAUGGUACCACAAAUGCAAUAUAUAAUAUUAGCAUAUCUAAAAGAACAUAGUCUAAAAGUUAAUAGCAAUUCGUACAAUUUCAUCACGUAUCAUCAGCAGCAACAAUACGGCCAACAUAAUUUGUAUUUCGAUUCUAAGAUUUUUGUGAUUUCGUUAAUUCAUUAUUUUCAUAAAUUAUAUUUAUAUUUAUUCUAUUUCACUUUGCACUUUUAAUGUUUUUAAAGGUGUUUAACUUCCACGAAAAAGCAUUUUUUGCAUUUCUUUUUUGUAGUAAUAUUGACAGUGAACAAUCGCUAAUUUUGUUUUUAUUUUACAUAUGGCUAAAUGGUGGCCUUACUAUAAAAAUGAAUAGGAGAGGUAAUGGACUCUGAAAAUUAUUCAGUAAUAUGAAUAUGACGGAAUGUAAUGUGCCAUGGACUAAAAUAUCAUUUUUUCUUUUUAUGUAAAUAUUUUCAGUAGAAAUGUAUCAAUAUUUAUGAAGAUCAAUUAUUCAUUCUUGAACAGGACACUAAAAACUUUUAAUCACAAAUUUUAAUAUAUUAUUAUAUUAUAUUUGUAUAUGUUGUAAUGAACUGAUAAUUGGUCCUAAUGUAAUGCAGUUUGAGAGAUAUUACCAGAUGGUUAUAAUAUUUGCAUUUUAUAGUGUAUGAUCUUGCACUAAAUGUUUACAAAAUAUUUACAAAGGUACAAAAUACAUUAAAAA